AUGUCGGAAAAUAAAAGCAGCGGUAAGGCGGUGACAUUCAUUGCGCCGGCCCCGCCGUCACCAUCCCUCCAAAACCCCCGCAAGAAUGUGAAUGGCUCUGCUAGUUCAGACACGCAUGUGGUGGAGAAGCUAGAAGGUCACCCGGAAGUCCAACGGCGGAAGCGGCGGCACACGAUGGAACGAGACUCCAAGACGGCGGAGCACCGCUUCUUCCGCCGGAGUGUCAUUUGCGAUUCCACCGCAACAGCCUUGGACCUUCCUAGCAAGGGAGCUGUUAUCCUCCAUUCGCCGCCAGACUGCGCGUGGCCGCCUAACGUGAUCACUCCUCAACCCCUUAGCCCAGGACUCGCAAAGAGAGAUGCCAGAGCAGAUCUCCAGGGGCCCUCCGUAGAAAGCGCCCCGCCUCAGCCUUCUUUAGAGCUUGGCGGAAGCUCUGGAGAUGUGCCAAUCCAAAAAGACAGUAGCAAUGUAGUACAUCGUGAAGAACGGGUAAAAGAGCUCAGCUCGACAGCGCUGGAGAUCACCAACAAAACAGGAGAUAAACCUGUUGACUCCAUGCAGGAUGUUGCAAAAGAUGGAAAAUCAACCGAGGAGAAAGAACGGGAAACGGAGCUGGCCAAAGCGCGCGCUGAGCAGCGGGAGGCCGAGAAGCGGGUGCAGGAGGAUAUUGAAGAGGCGGAGACCAAAGCGGUCGGGACUUCGCCGGAUGGACGCUUCCUGAAGUUCGACAUCGAGAUUGGGAGAGGCUCCUUCAAGACUGUGUACAAGGGGCUCGACACGGACACGACGGUGGAAGUGGCGUGGUGCGAGCUGCAGGACCGGAAGCUGUCUAAGUCAGAACGGCAGCGCUUCAAAGAGGAGGCCGGGAUGCUGAAGGGCCUCCAGCACCCUAACAUCGUCCGCUUUUAUGAUUCAUGGGAGGGGCCGUGCAAGGGGAAGAAGUGCAUCGUCCUGGUCACAGAGCUCAUGACAUCCGGCACACUCAAAACCUACCUGAAGCGUUUCAAGGUGAUGAAGAUCAAGGUACUGCGGUCGUGGUGCCGGCAGAUCCUCAAAGGACUCCACUUCCUGCACACCAGAGCACCGCCGAUCAUUCACCGCGACCUCAAAUGCGACAACAUCUUCAUCACGGGACCCACCGGCUCGGUCAAAAUCGGAGAUUUGGGCUUAGCCACGCUGAAAAGGGCCUCGUUUGCAAAGAGUGUCAUAGGUACUCCUGAGUUCAUGGCUCCAGAAAUGUACGAGGAGAAGUACGACGAGUCCGUCGAUGUUUACGCCUUCGGAAUGUGCAUGCUGGAGAUGGCCACUUCGGAGUACCCCUACUCAGAAUGUCAGAACGCCGCACAGAUUUACCGACGAGUCACCAGCGGAGUGAAGCCUGGAAGUUUUGAUAAGGUGGCCAUUCCAGAAGUGAAAGAAAUCAUCGAGGGUUGCAUCAGGACGAAUAAAGAUGAACGAUACGCCAUCAAGAUAUUGUUGAACCACGCUUUCUUCCAAGAAGACACGGGAGUAAGAGUUGAGCUCGCGGAGGAGGAUGACGGGGAAAUGAUCGCCAUUAAAUUGUGGCUCAGGAUAGAAGACGUCAAGAAGCUUAAAGGAAAAUACAAGGACAACGAAGCCAUCGAGUUCUCCUUCGACCUCAACAAGGACGUUCCCGAAGAUGUGGCUCAGGAAAUGGUUGAGUCUGGGUAUGUGGCCGAGGGCGACCACAAGACCAUGGCCAAAGCCAUCAAGGACCGCGUGUCACUGAUCCGGAGGAAGCGAGAGCAGAGGCAGCUGGUGCGAGAAGAACAAGCAAAGAGGAAACUUGAGACGGAACAAGAGGCACUGAAAGCGGAGGUUGAGGAGACCGAGGCAGAGCAACCUCAUCACUAUCAACAGCGGGGCAUCUCGCACACAACCGAAGGAGGCACUGACAGCGGACAGGGUUCCUCGCUUUUCUCCGGCGACUGCCCGCAGUUGACCAUGUCGUACAGCUGCCCGCCCCCCUCUCAGAGCGCCUACCCGCCCGCGCCAGGCGGCGUCGCUUCCAGCGCGCAGCAGCAGCAGCACCCAGUUUACAGCCAGCCGACGCAGCAGCCAGCACCUGCGUCCCGCCGCCGUCGAAGCCGUAGCAUGUCCGUUUGCGUCCCCCCCUCCUCGUUCUCCCUCGCCCCCACCCCCUCGCCGCUGCGCUCCAAGCGGCCCUUUACUCCUCCGCCCGACCUGUCCUCUUCACCUACCUUCUCCGGCGUCCACCCUCGCACGCCCCGCUCUGCGGAGAGGGACACGUUCGCCGGGCGGCUCUCCAAAGCCCUGGAGGCGGUGCUUCCUCUUCACUCCGCCCCCUCGUUGCCUAGGGCCAGGCAGCGGAGGGCCAGUCUGCCCGCCCUCUUCUCCAGCCCCCAGCAUUCAAUGGCGCACCCUUACAGUGGAGGAGUGAGCGCCGGAGGAGCAGCAGGGGGGACCGCCCCCCUCCCAACACUGCCAGACCCCCCCAGUAUUUUCUUCCCUCCCAUCCCAGAGCGCCCCGUUUCCUUCUCGCCUCCUCCGACCGGCCCCCCCAAAGCGUACAAUGCGCAGCGGCGCAAGAGCACGUCUAUUCUGGAAGCGCACACCCGACACUUUCAGCCGGCGUAUCCCCGAUACGGGAGCAGCCUGCAUCCCUUCCCCGGCAUGGAGGGUGUAGACACCCCUUCUCUCUUCAUGGUCAAUCCGGCGUUCGCCACGGCGGCUCAGAGACUCGGAGUCGGGGAGCACCUGCAUCUCCCGGGACAAUCGGAGCCCACCUUUUACGGCUAUAAGGACAUGAGGGCGGAACACGAGGAAGUGGUGAGGAGACUGAGUUUAAAUCAAGCGGCCUUACUGGACCAUUACGAAGCCAUGGCGUACGGUGGCUACCCCAUGACCGCGCACCAGCUAGGCCUCUUGAGUUUCCACCAGCAGAGGCAAGCGGCUGCCAGUUUAGGCUACGACUCUGGUCCCCAACCCAGCUACCUGCAUCCUCACCUCAUGCAAAGACUGAGUGCGCACAGUCCAAUCCCUCCACCGGUACAGGCGAUGAACCAAUCUGCUGGUUGUCCCGCUUCUUGUGCAUCCUCUGACGCGCAACACCACGCGUCGCCUUGCACCUACCCCAUGUCAGCGCCGCCAAUUAUGGCCGACCCGCCGCCAGCUACAGGAAGCGUUUUCGAUUACCACUUAGCUGCUGCGGCCGCCGCCGCCGCUAGUGAUCCAAGCCUGCUGGCCUCCAGACUCUACCGAGCCCGUAGGAGCUCCAUGGAUCUCCCCCUAGAGGAAAACACCCCGACAGGCUCCGGUGGGUCUGGCUCAUUCCUUCGACUCCAGCCAGUAACGGAGGAAAUGUUUUCAUAUGUCAGUCCAGAGCUGCCGUUACCACCAGGAAGUCUUCUGCUCCAUCACGCUGGCCUGAGCGCCAAAGACCGAAGUCCAGAACCAUCCAGUGACUCUCUGGCGUCCUCUGACGCCGGAGAGUUCCAGUCUCCUCCUCCCUCAACCCGCCAUUUUGACUCCUCGGCCGCUCAGUCCAUCCCUAGGUCGUCGUCCUCUGUAUUCUGCGAUUCGACCGAAAGCCAGGCGCAUCCGCCCUCCGUGCAGAAUUUUCUCCCUCCGACGUUGGCGUCUGACACACCAGCAUCGGGGGCCCAACAGGAGUCUUUCGUGCCGAGCGCUUGGACUCGCCACGGAGGCGUGGUUCCCUCCCAGCCCGACAUGACCUACCACGAGUCAUUGCUGGCCAUGCAGGCCAAUAACCCCACACUGGCUCAAGUUCCAACUGCCCCAGGCUCCCCGCUGUUAGGCCCAGUGGCCUCCCAGGUGGCCCCUCCAGGGACCCCCCAGCAGUCCGUCGCUUCAUCACUUCAGAGCCCCACGCAUAUCUCUUUGCCGCAGACACAGCCCUCUCCCGUCACCGUGCCGACAGCGGCCGUGGCUUCCCCUCCCUCCCCUCUCCCUGCCCCCACGCCCCUGCCAUUGGUCACCGUGGUGCCAAUCAUCAGUGUAGUCCCCGCCCUGCCCGAUCCCAACACUGAAGCCCCUCCCCAGUCUGUGUCUCAGCCCUCGGACCUAUCCCACCUUCAGUUGCAGCCACCCCUGACCCAAGCAUCCAUUGAGAGUGGCUACUCCGAGGCUUCGGGUCUGAGCGACGGUAAUGAGGGAGGAGGGGGCGGCCGCCACGAAGGUCGCUCCACCAAGCGACACCAAAGGCGGUCCGUUCGGAGCCGGUCGCGGCAUGAAAAGUUCUCCAAGGCCAAACUCAAUGUCCUUAAUAUAUCCAACCGUGGUGACAGAGUAGCAGAGUGCCAACUGGAGACGCACAACAGGAAAAUGGUCACCUUCAGGUUUGAUCUGGAUGGAGAUAACCCGGAGGAGAUCGCCCAAAUCAUGGUCCAGAGCGAGUUCAUCCUGGAGAGCGAGAGGGAGUCGUUCAUCGAGCAGGUGCGGGAGGUGAUUGAGAACGCGGAUGAAAAAGGCCUUGAGAAAAACGCGAGCGGCCAGAUGAUGGGUGACGCAGAUCAACAGAGUCCUACUAUAUCAGCACCCAUGCCAGACACGUCCCCCACCGCAACAGGACAAGUGGUCCAUUCGGCGGGUCGCAGGUUCAUCGUCAGCCCCGUACCCGAGACCAGGCUGAGGGAACUCAGCUUUCCCGCCUCUACUAUACCUUCCCCCGCACCUUCUGUCGACACAGUUCCGACACAAGGUUUGGCCCUGUCGAAAUCAGCAGGAGCGAUCAGCCUUCAACAAGCUUUCUCGGAGCUGCGACAGAACAAGAGCCAAUUGGACCCAGGCCCAAGCACCGCCCCGGCCGCCGUGCACACCGCUCUACCGUUGGCGUCCUCAGUCCAGGCGCAAGUGACCACGUCCGCUCCUGUAGAAGUUUCAACUUGUUCCAACCAGGAGGUCUUGGAUGUUUCUCCUACUUCCUCAUCUGCUGCCAUGAACCAGACCCAAGCAUCCGUUACUACUUCAGCCCCUCCCAUAGUACCCGUAACCAACGUCUCCAACAUCCUCCCGGUCUGCGAAGCCCCCGUCUCUCCCACUUCGUCGACUUCCUUCACCACCUCUUCUGCCCCGCCGUCCUCCUCCAAUGUUGCUUCAGUCCAACCCACUCUGGUGCACUCGCAACCGCAGCUCGCCGCCAUGGCCGGGCAAACGCACGCUCACUGUGGUGAAUGUGACCCGAGGUGUGACACAUCUGUGGAGUGUCCAAGCAAGCUGGAUGAUAUCCAAGCUUUGGAGAAGAAGCUGCGUUUUCUCUUCAUGGAUCUUGGGGGAGGAGCAGUCUCCCCCCAGGGGGACCUGCCGCUAGCUGAAGCCACCACCUCCGUAACCUCGGCAGGGGGAACCUCCUCACCGCUGGGCACCUCUACCGCCUCAAUUGCCCCUAACCAGACGUCCAAUCCUCCUCAGCCCCCCACCACACUGGCGCUGGGCUCACCGACACCUGCGCAAGGCCCUAGCACGCCUAUUUCCACACCUGCACCAGCAGUAAAUUCUGCCACCACCAUUGGCCAGACCACUCCAUCCAAAACCCCCUUAUCCAGGGUGCCGUCCCAGCAGCCUUUGGAGGAUUUGGACGCUCAGUUAAGAAGAACCCUGAGCCCUGAGAAUGUGCCACUUAGCUCACCUGCACAGGCUUCACACGGUCCUGUUCCUUCAGUAGGACAACAAGCAACAGAGGAAGAGCCCUCCUCAGCUGCUGCGCCUCAAGAUGGAAUCACGCGAAGGAGAUUUCAGGUGUCACGGGCCACCGAAGAUCAGAUGAAGCAGCAUCCAGUCUGCACGGAAUCCUCCACCACCACUUUAUCUUCAUCCUCUUCCACCAGCUCUUCGUCCUCUUCUAGUCUCUCCAGCCCGGAGAACACAUUGCACAAGGGCUCCUCACUUCGAGUGGGAGGAGCACAGAGUGGAGAUGUUGUGGACGGACCCCCACAGAGAAGCCUGUGCCCCUCACCCAAGCCCACCACCACCAUCGGACGCUUCCAGGUCAGCACAAAUUCUGAAGCCAGAGUCGGCCGGUUUUCUGUCAGUCCCGCCCCAGAGCUGAGCACGGAACCCGGGCCGAGUCAGCGACCCGCGAACGGGCCGUCCGAGCCGGACAAAGCCUCCCUGCCGAGUCUGAACAGCAGCCACUCGUUGAACAACUCCUACGUGAGCAGUGACAAUGAUUCGGAAUUUGAGGACGAGGAUUUCAAGCGGGAGAUCAACCGCCUUCGAGAAAAACACUUGAGUGAAAUUCAGGCUCUGCACUCACGGCAGAAGGAAGAAAUUGACGGUCUUUUCACUAGGCUGGGAAAGGUUCCUCCAGCCGCGGUACUUCCUCCGGUCAUCGCUUUAGCCGGCAGACGGCGACGGCCCACCAAGACUAAAUCCACCAAAUCGUCCAGAACCAGCUCCUCGCAUGGUAGCAGGAGUCCACUUCAGCCAGGCAGCACUUUGUCAGCACAGUACGUCCCGGCGGCGUCCCCCGAGUCGGCUCGAUUGGCGCCGGGGGGAUUCGCGGGGCGGGGCGACCUCGGCGACGAGCGACUGCUCAAAACGGCGCCCUCCGGCGACAUCCUGUGUUCAGGCUACACCAGCUCGGCGGCGCUCUCGGUGCCCAGCUUGUGCGCUCCCACCCCAGGCUGCGUAAAGUUCAGCUGGGGGUCCGAGCGUUUGGCCUUCAAGCCUGGCGGCAGGAGGACGCGCUUUCUGAGUACGCCCUGCUUGGCUCUUUGGAAGAUGGUGAAAAAAGUCUGCCCCUGCAACCAGCUCUGUAGGACCAACAGCACCAACGCAGUGAGCGGUUCUGGCCCCCUGUGCCAAAGCCAGGGGGGCUCCCAGUGUCUGAACUCGUCAGCCCCUCACCAGCUCAAAGGAAUGUUCACCGACGAUCUCCAUAAACUGGUGGACAACUGGGCCAGGGACAUCACACAGGGUAAAAAAAGCACCAAACCGAUGAAGCAGUCACAAGCACAAGGACAUAGCUAUGAGGCGUUCCAGCCCGCCAACCAUGGCCGGAAAUUUUCUGCCCCGAGCCAGCUAUGCCCGAGCGGCAUCGCCGCGUCCGCCCCCAACCCGACUACCUCUCUCUCCGUACACAAGGGCUCGCCCUGCCCAGCCCGUGGCUCCCCCUCGCCGCCUCUCCCGCACUUCAUCCCGUACAUGCCCGCCCCGCAGUACGGCGCGCAGUGGUCCGGGCCGGCCCAUGGGCUCCCGGCGCCGCACGCGGGGCGCCUGCCGGUCAGCGCUUCUCAACCGCUGGGCCCUUACACCGCCCCCGCGCCAGGUCAGGGGCCUUUGCGCACGUUCACGCACAAGUCCCUCAGCAACCCGGGCGGACCCAACACGAGGACCACGUAG